UUUGGAUUAUUUUCGUGCACAGCUGACCAGCCCAAACAAAGUUGUGUAGAAACAGUUUCAGUCACGGAAAUUUAAUUUUCAUUCGCGGAACUAUGAAUAAUUCCGAAAUGAGCAGCAGCAUGCACUCCGGCCGGCCGGAGAGUGAAUUUAGCAUCGAAUGUUUCCAGAACUAUACCGCGCCGGAAGUGUUCGUGCAAGGUUUGGCCGGACUGGUGAACCAAACCGAUGUCGAAGUGAUGAUACGUGCUCAGAAGCAGAUGUUGCAGCGUUUCGAGAAAACGAAUGAAAUGCUGCUUAACUGCAAUGCGCUGAGUCAGAGCCGAUUAAAGAUAGCGAGCGAUGAUUUUAAGAAGCACACCAAACUGCUCAAUGAAAUGAAAAAGGAUUUGGAUUACAUCUUCAAGAAAAUACGGAACAUCAAGGGGAAACUUAGCACCCAGUACCCGGGUCCUUUCGCCGAAGCAGAAGCCAAGAAUAAAACGAUUAGCUUCGAUGAGGAGGAUGAAAUCGAUACGGCCAGCCGAGCAGAAACACUGGACGAGGGUAAUCCAUCGCGGACGGCCACUCCGGUGAAGCAGCAAGCUUCGGUUGAAAGCGUGAAGCAGCUGCAGAAGCAAGGAUCCCAGAAGGAGAAAAAGAAACCCAGCGGAAGUGGACAGAUGGGCCAGGAGAAUACUACUGUUAGCUACAUGAAGAUGGAACAAAGCCCGGAAAAUCGAAAGUCGGGCAAAACCAGCCCCAUCGAUCCGAAGCGGAGCUCGCUGCUGUCGACGCAUAGCAGCUCCACGGAUAACUCGAACGAUUCGUCCGAGUGUACUUCGGAUACCGGUUAGAGGUGGCGAUAGGAUGGUUUGACGUGGGUAAUUUAGCAUAUGUCAUUUCUAUUAUGUGUUGAAAGCUCUACUAAUAGCAUAUAUGAAUCAGACUUUUAGUUUUUAGUUACAUGUACAAAUUAUAAUAGUUUCCAUAAGUAGUUUUAAAAUCAGCUAAUUUAAUCUAUUUAUUAAAUACAAUCUGUGUUUCGUUAAUUAUAUCUCCUUUCACUUAAACGUAAACAAUAAUAAAUGUUUAAAGGCUUCACCUUAAAAAUA